AUGAUUCCGAAAGGCACAGAACCAGCUGAAACUUCCGUGCCGGCUAUGGAUGUACUGGAAAAGGAUGACUUCUUCAAAGAACGUCCAUCUAUUGAGCAGCUCGAAACUUACCAACCGCCGUUCACAGCCCAGGAGCAGAAAAAUAUCUUGAGAAAGGUUGACUGGCGCCUUGUCCCCCUCUUGUCUUUCCUAUAUCUUGUGUCCUUUAUUGACCGAGGAAACUUGGGCAAUGCCAAAGUCGCUGGGCUGGGAAAAGAUCUGCACCUCUCAGGAACACAGUAUAAUAUAGCCGUGACGUUGUUUUUUAUCCCCUACUCGUUGUUGGAGGUUCCAAGCAACAUCAUCCUCAAGCUUACCAGACCAUCGAUUUGGAUCUCAUUGAUGAUGUUUUCUUGGGGACUAGUCAUCACUUUGACUGGAAUUGUUCAAAACUUUUCUGGUCUUUUGGCCAUUCGUAUUUUCCUCGGCGUGGCAGAGGCCGGGUUCUUCCCUGCAGCAACCUAUCUCCUUACCGUCUGGUAUACGCGUUAUGAAGUCCAGUCUCGGAUGGUAUUCUUUUAUGCCGCAGUCUCACUAGCCGGAGCAUUUUCGGGCCUACUAGCAUAUGCCAUCCAGAAGAUGGAUGGAGUCGCAGGUUUGGAAGGCUGGCGCUGGAUUUUCAUCUUGGAAGGCAUAUUUACUGUUUUCCUUUCAUUUUUCAUCUGGUCGUUGUUACCGGAUAGCCCUAGCACGGCACCUUUCCUCACUACUGAAGAGCGGGAGUUUAUCGUCCUAAGACUAGAACAGGACACGGGUUCUGGACGAGGCAAGGUUACAAACAACGACAAAGUAAACAAGCGACAAGUAAUUGCUGGUCUCACAGAUUGGAAAGUAUGGGCAGCUGUGUUUAUGUAUUGGGCCACCAGUAUCUCAUCUUACGGCUUCACCUAUACAGUACCAACAGUAAUUCUCGAACUUGGAUACACCGCUGCGAAUGCUCAACUGCUUACUGUUCCGAUUUACGUUGUUGCUAUGAUAUUUACUGUUGCAAAUGCCAUGGCUUCGGAUUACUACCGGCAAAGAACGCCAUUCAUACUCUUGGGAGUCUCAGUCGGAAUAGCCGGAUUCACGGCUUUAUUAGCAAUUCCUCACCCGCAGCUUCCAGGGCUGACGUAUGGCAUGUUGUUUUUUGCAACAUCAGGAAUUUACAUGUCGUUGGUUCCUACUCUAUGCUUCGUCGGUAAGAUAAUUCUCUAA